AUGUUCCGCUACCCACUUUCUGAACAUGACCGCCCCUCCCCUCCCCCUACCUCCCGCUCGCCCCCCAUGCUCCCCUUCGACGCCCCCAAGAAGUCCCUCACUCCCCUCAGGAAACACCACAAGCUCCUCAAGGACGGCAGUGAGGUCUGGUCCCACGACGUCGAAGAGAUUUUCGUAGAGGGUCUACACAAGUACUGGGAGUCUCCAUGGGCCACCUACUCCCGCGGCCGCAGUCGCUGGCGGAACCAGUUCCUCGUCGACCAUCUCAAAAAGGCCGGCAUCCUUCGUUCCAAGAAACAAGUCGCCAGUCACAUACAGGUCCUGCGGAACAUGUGGAGAGGCGAACCAGAGUUUCACCUCGUCGCAGGCGGUGAAGAGCUCUUCCAAGACAACGGCCUCUUGGCUCCCAAGGCCAAGGCCAGCACCGAGUCACCCGAACCGCGGAAUACCCUCAGCUUGGAUUCCGCCGACUCCACCUCCUCCUACUCGUCCUCCUCGUCCUCCUCCACCCCGGACUGGUCGACCCUCGAAUUUCCCUUUGAUUUCAACGCGCCGUUGACGAGCUCCCACAUGCCCGAGCCCCCAGUCCUCAAUCUCUCGGACUUUAACUACGAUCUGCACCUUCGCCCGUCGUCCUCCGCUCAAUCGAUGCCCGACUCUCCUUUCGCCACCAUCACGCCCUCGACGUCGCGCAAACACGUCGACUCCUCUGUCAAGCUCGAGCCCCUCAUCAUGGACCCCGCGCUUUUUAACCUCCCCCAGGGCCCGCUUCCCGAAACGUUCGAAUUCCCGUAUCCCUCCCCGACCCUGCCUGCCCCCUCGACGAACCGCGUAUGCAGCGUCAACCUCUGGGCGGACGGCAUGCUGCCGUUCUCCAUCGACGUCGACCGCCUCGUCUCCGCGUCGCUCAUCGGCCCUCCGUCCUCGAGCCCGCCGUUCCGCAUCCUCCUUCGCAUCAACGUGCGCUGUCUCGCCUCUGACAUACACGCCCCGGGACAGCCCGCCGCCGGUGCGCAGGGCUUUCAUGGCGCGAUCGCGUUCGCCGCCCCCUGGGUUUCUGCCAAAUGCCACACCAAGACGUGGGACGGCGGAGCGUGUAUCGGCCACGAGGUCGGCAUUUUCGAUCCUCUCACCACCCCGCAGUACCCGCCGGACCUUGUCGACCUCGGUUUGGGGCUGGGCGCGAACUCAACCUCAAACGCGGGCGCGGGCGCGCAACAAAUGGUGAUAGCGUACCUGCCCGAUUCGCUGCUGAGCCGAUGCAAGAACAUAGAAUCCAUUCAGACUAUCACGCAGCAGGUCGUCGUCGACAACGAGGUGCUCGCUGUGGUGGUGUACCACGUCGAGCGCGUGCAGCCGCCCGCGCCGGCGCCCGCGGUCGAGCUCGUCGGGUUCCACAAGUAUCCCUGGCGGACGCCCGUGCAGGUCCCGGGCCCCAGCCCGCUCCAGCGCCCGUCCGCGUCUGUCGCCGCCGCGAGCGCGUUCGUCACCCCGCCGAUGUCGCCUGUCUCGCCGGGGCGGUAUUCGGGCCCGGUCUCUCCCGAGUACGUGGCUCUCGCGCCCAGCGGCGAGGACCCGCGCGCGCUCGCGCACUCCCCGAUGUCGUGUGCGCUGUCGUUCAGCCGCUCGGAGGCGAUGUACGGGAUCAGCCCGUCCGUGCUCGAGCAUGCGGGGCUCUUUUAA